AUGAGCUCCAACGAUGAAUCAGACAAUACUGCUGCUGAAUCUACAGUCAGUAAAGUUACUCUGCUGGCCAGGAAACUUGCAAGAGUUGUAUUAUCGGUAGUGGAGUCUCAAAACACUAUCAUCAGUAGACCACGUCUUCAGAAAAUGGCUAAAGAAAUCGCUGAGAAAGAAGAAUACGGUACUGUCAGGUUCAAUGAAAUCUUCCAAGAAAUGAAUGCUAUCCUAAACGAUGUCUACGGUUACGAAUUGAAAACAUUACCUCCAAGAGUGGCCAAUCCGGCCGGCGAUCAGCCAGACUCUUCAUCAACAAAGACCCAACGGUACAUUUUACUCGACAAUAAUGCGUCAAUUGAUCAACUUAAUGACUUAAUAUUGGCACAGAACGAGAGCAUUUACGUGCAAACGGUUCAAAAUGGCGAAUACAUUGGAGAUCGACUGGCCUUUGAAUCAACCAACACCAUCGACAACAAACUCAGUGUUGACCAGGAUCAAACCUUCAAAGGCCUCUUGAGUGUGAUAUUAUGCACAGUGCUUUUUAGCAAGAAUAACAUCCUACAACAAGAACUAUUUGAACAUUUACAAAAAUUCGGAGUCCCAACUGAUGGAUCACCGAUCCCAAUCAUCAACAUACCUAUUCUCGAACUACUCAAGACAUUGGAUAAACUAGAAUACCUCUCCCGGCAUCAGGAACAUACCGAUCUAGACCUCGAGACCGUUACGUACAGAAUUGGCAGAAGAACACAAGCAGAAUUCCCGCUGGACUCCCUCGUACUGCUCAUAAGGAACGUGAUGGGAAUCACUGAACAGCAGGCUCCAAACCUACGAGAAGACAUCAAGAAGAAUGUCGCAGACGCUUAUCCGUCUAGCAACAACAGCUCGGCCUUGUCGUGA